AUGCCAGACGGCUCAAGUAAAGGCCUGGAGAAGGAGGCCUCCUCGAUCUUGAAACUACCACAGUCACGCCUUCUAGAGGCCCGUGGCUCCCGACCCCGAGGGCAAGGACAUCCCGUCCGGACGACUACCCCACAACGCCAUGGCAGAUGGUCAUACCUGAGCCGCCAGAGGACAUUUGAGGCCCCACUGCUAUCUCAGAUCUUCGAACCGCAUGUCCUCGCGAUACCCCCAAAGGUCCCCCAGGCCCCAAGACUUCCUCUUGCAAAGCCCACAAAGAUUUGCGCCUAUGCUGACGUGUCCAUUGCCAGACCCCCAAGUAGACUACGACCGCAAAUACUCGAGUACGAUGUAGGCGUUCCCAUAGGCUCUCUGGACAUUUCUCCAGAUCAUACACACGCAGUACUCGCAGGCAGGGAGAUUUUAAAAGUGAUACAAGUUGAUCAAGAUUCGUUGAGAGACAAACAAGAUCUUCUCGCAGGAUCCCCAAGAAAAGUAGGGAAGCAAGAGCCAAAUCAAGACAGCAACUUUGCAGGACAUCGAGGGCUACCAGCAAUAAAGGACGUUAAGUGGUCUCAUGGCUUCUUCAGUAAAAAAAUCGCAACUGCAGUUGCGAAUGGGCAGAUUGUGGUAUACGAUCUAGAGGCUCCAGGUCAUGAAACGGCUCGCCUACACCAGCAUAAUCGGCAGGUGCAUAAGCUAGGAUUCAACCCGUUUGAUGGGGCGCUGCUGCUUUCAGGCAGCCAAGAUGCUACCGUGAGGCUCUGGGAUUUACGGGACUGUCCUGGUGGCAGAGAACGUUCCAGUAUAGACAGUAGGGCGUGGUACCCGGGGAACAGCGAUGCUGUGCGAGAUGUGAAGUGGUCACCGAGUAAUGCGUUUGAAUUUGCGAUUUGCACAGAUGGUGGCAUGAUCCAGAGGUGGGAUGUCCGGAAAUCCAAUGCUCCAUUGCUUAGAAUCCGUGCACACGAGAAGACCUGCAACGCGGUGGAUUGGCAUCCAAACGGCGAGUAUAUCCUUAGCGCUGGCGCUGACAAGGACGUGAAGGUAUGGAAUUUUGCCACAUCAGACAGGAGAGCGAAGCCAUUGAAAGCGUUGCGUUGCCCACAAGCAGUGCUCGAUGCUCGUUGGCGUCCUGCCUCAUCCCCCGCUACAAAUCACGACCCAGCCAGCUGGGACUCCUUGUACCUAGCCACGACAUUCGACGAGAAGGAUCCGAGGACUCUCUUCUGGGAUUUUGCGAGGCCGUUUGUGCCGGAGCGUGUCUUCAAUAACCACGACUCACCACCAACGGCUAUCGUUUGGGUCUCGGACAGCUUGCUCUGGUCCGUUGGCUCCCAUGGUAAAUUUAUACAGAUCGACGUGAGCUCGUUACCGACUCGGACCAAGCAAGAAGAUAAAUCUUGCUUGGCGACGUUUGCCCCAAAUGGAGAAAUGCUACUAGCGGCGAAUUGCACUCGGCAUCACGGCUACUCGCAGCAAGACCCAAAGCACGCUUCCAGGAAAGGACAAAUGUCUACCAGCAUCGGGACUAUAAACGUCCCAGGAGCUACCAACACUUCUGCACUGGAUCAGCUUUUGUUAAACAAGUUUGAACCUAUUCCGAGCACUCUUUCUCUGCCCACGUCAAACCGCUUCCACGUUGACUUUGAACGAAUUUUAAGCCACAAUCGAGAUGUGGCCGCAGCGGCACAUUUACCUUUGCUUGCACAAUCGUUCUCUCUCAUUGCAUUCUUCACAACCCCCGCUCUUCGCAAGAGAGCUGAGUUCAAUCGUCAGAAACGCCUAGAAAAUCUCAAAUCGACAGCACAGCCCCUGCAGCAAGAACUCGGCCCUCAAGACUUCCUUCCCUCUGAGUACGAGCUGCAGCGGUCGGCCAUUGAAGCCCACAAGAUCAUCGAAAAGGAAAUUGAAAGCUGGCUCUACCGCUUCCACAAUCCUUUAAUGCCUAUCUACCUGAUCCUAAAUGUCUGUCCCUGGUUCGAACCGAGUGGGCAUCGCUCUCUUCUUCAACAUGACCACAAGGUCGAAAUUGUAGUAAAUGCGCAUCGACAUCUCACACGUUUGCGACUAGAUAUUGCGAGCGUUGCAAAACGCCAGCAAGUCCAUGCAGCAUCUGUAAUAGGGGAACCGAACAAUUGUGGCUCUGGUGCAACGCUUGCGGCCACAGCGGCCAUUUGA